GGAUGGCAACCACCUCGAGACAAUAUCAUGGAAGAUGCGAAGAGGGCUUCCUAAUCUCGAAUUACUAAAGCUCGGCGACACUACAAGUUUCCGGUGCGAGGAUUGCAGUCUAAAAUGGUUAAAGGAAAAGUGGGCCUAUCGCCUUCUUGGUCGAUAUGGAAAUACCGUCUCCUGUCUGAAACGGACAGGAAAUAAAACCUUGCCGAUGCCGCUCAACAAGGUAGCCUUUGACCACUGUGAAAACCCCGAUAUUGGCCUUUCUGCAACGACAAUAGAGACAGUGUGUAACGCCAACGUUACGUUGAGAGUAACGUGUCGGGCCAUCACUGCCAACACAACCGUGCGAUGGGUAAUAGAAGGCAUGAAUUCUCGUGUCAAUGUCACUUCGAGGGAGGGCGGGAGAGUUGCAGAGCUCCAGAUCCACCGCGCAGACCAGCGUGAUAACGGCAACGUCAGCUGCGUGGGGGAAAACAUUGUCAGCAAUGUGACAAAGGGGCUGCGACUCAUAAUAAAUUGUAAGCCAGAGGUUGUGGAUUGGACAUACCAUGAAGAUACCUUACCAUUCUGUCUAGAGUUCACGGUGUUAGGGAAUCCUCUCCCCAACAUCACAGUCUACAAAGAUGGCAUCCCUCUUCCUGUGACUACUAAGUUAUAUAGCACAGGUCUGAAAGUCCGCCAUCUGCACACAUCGCCACUGCACGGAAGCGAUAUUUACUGUAUACAGACUGAUAUUGUCCACUCUGGAAGGAAUGGUUGUUUCAAGGUCGUCGCGGAGAACAAGUAUGGAAAAGGCGUAGGUUCGAAAUAUCAUCCAUUUAUGAAAGACCCAGCUGAAAAUCCGUUAAACACCGGUAAUACUGUGCACCGGAGUAUGGACCGAUUUGGCAAGACUAACUUUAAUACCGACACUGACUUUGACGAAACCAGUUCAUAUAAUGUGACCUCACCGAAUGUUGAUAAAAAGAACACCAAUGAAGUUGAGCCUGAUUCAAAAUCAUACAUUGCAAUACCGAUAGGGGUCGUCCUCUCCCUAUUCGUGUGCCUUUCCCUCUUUCUGCUCGGAAGAAGGUGCAGCCGGAAGGCGUCGGAUGACAAAUCGUACCGACUGUGCUGCUUUGGAGGGGGUAAAAGCUCGGGAAAGGCAAACAGCUCAGCACUGCUCGACAAAGAUGUCAAGGCUCAGGAGAGCAUGCCUUUAAACUCCAUGCACGUGGUUGAGAAUCCCAACUACUUCAACAAGCCCGGUGAUAAGUCCAGCGCAGUCAUACGACAUAUCAAACUCGAGAAUAUUGAGUUUGUCCGCGAGCUCGGUGAGGGAGCCUUUGGUAGGGUGUACCUCGGCCGCGCCAAACACCUAACGUCGCCGGAUGAAACCACACUAGUGGCAGUGAAGACACUGAAGGAUAUGUCAAUAGAGGACGCUAGGAGAGACUUCGACCGCGAAGCGGAGCUCCUCACAAACCUGCAGCAUGAAAACAUUGUCAACUUCCAUGGGGUGUGUACCGAUGGCGAGCCACUCAUGAUGAUAUUCGAGUAUAUGGAGAAUGGAGAUCUUAACAAUUACCUCAGGUGCCGUGGACCCGACGCCGGCUUCCUCUGUACGAACCCAAGUUCUUUCAAACAGUUAACAAUCCAUGAGUUGAUGUACAUAUCCAUACAGAUCACUGCUGGUAUGAAGUACCUUGCCUCGCAGCACUUCGUCCACCGAGAUUUGGCUACAAGGAAUUGCUUGGUAGGCGACAGACUGACCGUAAAAAUAGGGGACUUCGGCAUGUCCCGAGAUGUGUACAGUACUGAUUACUACAGGGUCGGGGGUCAGACGAUGCUUCCAGUAAGGUGGAUGCCACCAGAAAGCAUCUUGUACAGGAAGUUUACGAUCGAUUCCGAUGUGUGGAGCUUUGGUGUUGUGUUGUGGGAAAUAUUCACGUACGGGAAGCAGCCGUGGUAUGACCUUUCUAAUCAUGAAGUCGUGCAACAUAUUCAAGAAGGAAAACUUCUCGAUUGCCCACGAGCCUGCCCAGAGGGCCUCCAUAAAAUCAUGCUGGGUUGCUGGGCAAUACAGCCCUCAGAACGAUACUCAAUGAAAGACAUCCAUGAAAGAUUAGAACGUCUCUAUAAACAGUACCAACCCCCGCUGUACCUCGAUCUGAUCGAGUAACGUAAUCAGUACUCUUGUAAUCAUUGUACCACCCCGCUAUGACGACCAAGAAUCGCCGGUCCCGAAUGGUUUACUCUCUGAUUAACAUUACAAGGCCCCCGAUAACACGACCACGAAGAAAUUGAUUGCGGCUAAUUUAUCAUGCUACAGAUGUAAAAAAAUAUUAAAGUCCAAAAAAAUGUGGGCUUUAAAAAUUUUUCAGAAUUUUGAACUGCACGUUAGCCAGGUAAACUUGUGUCAUUCAAAAAAGUGAAUUUCUUCAUGCUUAUUGCCUGGUGUUGCACAUAGGGAAGAAAGUUGCUUUCACGGCAAUUGGCCGAAAUCAGUAACAACUAGACGUACUUCCUCCAUAGGAUGUGGUGAGGAGGAAUCUUAGCUGGCUAACGUGUUAUGGUGUUGUUGACACUUGUAACAUGUAUAAUGUGCUUACUGAUUCAGCUGGAUCUGUCAGUAGAAACCACCGUCAGCGUAAUCACGUCCCCGAAACUCAUUCCGUUGAAUGAGGCCGGUAGGCAAUUAGGAGAUAGUGUGGGUCUUAUAUCCUUCAUCAUGCCUUUAGGGACGAUGGCCCUGUUAUCAAAGCACUAUUGGGAACUAAGCUAGAUCCAGACCGUGUAUUUCUUGAGGAGAUCAUCCUUGUAGCCGUUGGACAGGUGGAACACCUACCCAUAUUCUAGAGUCACGUUUCUCAUCAGAUGUGUUCACUCCCUCUGUACCCUCGUUAUUCGCGGUAUAUGCUCUCUAGAGUGGAUGUACUCUCUCCUCUGAGGACUAUGUGAAAAAUAUUAGUAUAAUGACUGGAGCCUGGAGCAAAUUAUAAAGUUAUUAAUCAGCUUUUUCUGAUGCUACCGGCUGCUUCGAUCGUAAAUUGUAUAUUCGUGCAGGUCACGACAAAACGUCGUUAUAGACUGGUUGUAUUUGAUUUACAAGUGGACGAUGUCUUCGAAGUGAAAAGGUGAUAUUGAACUGCGGGUACUAAUCGGUUUGGCUGAACAUAUAUUGUUGUUAAGUUUUGUAAAUAUAGACGAUAAACUUGUUGUAAUAUUCACAAAAAUAAGUGAUACAUUGGAAGAUGUUCCUGUGUCCGAUGUGAUGUUGAUGAACAGUCUGAUCCUGGCUUAGACUGAACAGUAGUUUGUGAUGAAUAUCCUGGGCCGCUUCGAUGGAACAAUGGAUUGUGAUGAACAAAACAGUGGAUUGUGAUGAACAAAACAGUGGAUUGUGAUGAACAAAACAGUGGAUUGUGAUGAACGAAACAGUGGAUUGUGAUGAACAAAACAGUGGAUUGUGAUGAACGAAACAGUGGAUUCUGAUGAACGAAACAGUGGAUUGUGAUGAACAAAACAGUGGGUUGUGAUGAACGAAACAGUGGAUUCUGAUGAACAGCAUUGAACUGGCUUUGAUGGAACAGUGAUUGUGAUGAACAGCCUGUAACUGGCUUUGAGGGAACCGUGGAUUGUGAUGAGCAGCAAGGGACUGACUUUGGUGAAGUAGCGGAUUGAGAUGAACUGCCUGCAACUGUUUUUGAUGGAACAGUAGUUUGUGAUGAACAGCCUUGAACUGUUUAUUCUCUGUUGAAUAGAGAUCAGGUUGCUUUCCUUCUGGAACGCCCUCUAUAUACACUAUCUGAAGCUGAUUUGAACUUCUAUUUUGUGGUAGAACGUGCCUACCUCUCCACUAUUAAAGGAACACUUUACUAGUGCAUAAACCAAUCAGCUGUUGAUUUCACGAGAGCAAUUCCGCGGUAAAAUCCAUUUGAUUCAAGCUGUUGUUCCUGUAAUAGCCCUAAAGAUUAUUUUUGUAACUAGCGUUUAUAAAUGAAAAAUUACUGUUGUAAAUAAUAUCAUGUGUAUAAUCAUUCAUCCAUGUUAAUAUCUGCGCGCAUGUCUUCAAGCUGAAUGUGAUGUGAACACGCUGGUAGCCCUCACCCACCCCCAAGGGUAAAUGUUGUUCUGGUAAUGCAGGAUGUUAUCCAGGUUAAUUUUGCAAGACGUAAGACGUUUUUAUCAGCAUACAGAACGGAAAUUUUAUAGUGUACCGUGUUCUGUGAAUGUAUUUCCAUCACACUAUGUCAAGCUUGUGUUGUUCCUAAUGCUGCAGAUAUCUUUAAGGACGUCACCGGGCUGACGUCCUGCGUCCGCUAGGACGACGUUUACUCCGACUUUUAGCCUCUCCUGGGUUUAAACUGCUUUGUCUUCCUCUUACUUAACAGCAAACAAACAAAGUCUCUGAUGACAGACAAAGGUAAUUUAUUCGUACGUGAUUUCGCAUAACUAAUCCUGUUGAUUACUUUUGCAGUUGUUCAGGCAGGGAGCAGGGGUAACAGCGUAUUAUGUAACCACCUGCCACCACUUCCAUUUACCAGAUUAACUACGAAUACGACAACCAAAAUUAAUUCUGCUUGAGUGAUAUCGCGUACGAAUAAUAUGCUUCUGUCAAUGACCAGACACCGUGACAAUGUCAAAGAAUAACGUGGUGAAUCAGCCAGUGGGAAGUUUAGUAUUCCGGCCCGGCAGUCACGUGACUGAUGUUUGAAUGGACCUGAGCCCCUCGACCGCUAGUACUCCCUUUUCCAAUAUGGGAUACUUCGAGUAGAUUCUAAAACGACUCAAAGGCUAGUUCAAAGGCAGGUUUUGAAUCAAAACAAAGCGUUUAAACAAGACAGAUGUUAUGGGUUUGCACCAGUGCGCAAAAGGUGCUGCUGGAGAUUGUCACCCAGUUUCUUAACGCGACCUCUAACAGUUUAUGUGAAGGCUUUGGGACAUGUAUACUUUUUUAUAACAACGGUAUAUCAGCUUUUUUCGGUUGAUAUACAAAGACCCUUUAAAAUUUGUGGCCUCUUGCGUUGUUAACUGGACAGAAGAUGUUGACCAUUCUCUAUUUAUUCAGGUUUCCGAUGUUGCUCUAUACUUAACAUGCUUGAGACUUAAAAUGUUGCGAAACGAGAAGAUUCCACUGCCUGUUCCGUGUAUAUGAUUGUGAUACUCUCAAUGCAUACCGCAGAG